AUGAAUCGCUUAUUAUUUUCAUUUAUUGCACAUCGGUGUAGUCAAAGUAUUUAUACAAUACGUAUACAAUCUAUUCCAUGGAACUCUUCAAAUCUUUCUCGACAAUGUUCUUCUCUUAUUCGUCUACCAUCAAUUAUGCCAAUAACAUCUCAUCGAAGAUAUGCAUCUGUUCCUCGGUCAAAAGUUUCUCAGGUGACAGAUUCUGAUGAAUGGAUAACUAGUUCAUCACCGUCGAUAAAAUCAGAUGAACAAAUAAAAAGCAAAGUUAUUGAUCUUGCAUCAACUACGACAAACGCAUCACAACCAUUUUGUGAUCCACCAAUAAAAACCGAUGAUUUUGAUUCAAAACAUACAUUUAAAGAAACUGAACAAGAAGUUGCUAUACUGCCAACAGAUUUAAAUAAAAAUGCAACUGUUUCAUUUAAACAAUUAUGUGAUUAUUACACAAGAUUGUCAAAGAAAAAUCUCACUAUUCUUGUAGCAUCGACAGCUGCCUAUGGUUUUAUUGUUGCUCCACUUGCAAUUGAUAUUCCACUACUCGCAUGUGUGACAAUUGGAACAGUUUUAACAUCAGCUUCAGCGAAUACCGUCAAUCAGCUUAUGGAAAUUCCUUAUGAUGCACAAAUGAAACGCACACGUAACAGAGUACUUGUACUGGGGCAAAUGAGUUAUCGACAUGCUAUUGGUUUUGCAAGUGUAACAUUGAUUUCAGGUGUAACUCUUCUUACGCUAGGCUGCAAUCCUUUAACUGGUAUACUUGGAUUAUCAAAUUUUCUUCUUUAUACAUGUGUUUAUACACCGAUGAAACGAAAACAUAUAAUUAAUACGUGGUUAGGAUCCAUCGUUGGAGCAAUACCGCCUGUAAUGGGAUGGACAGCAUGCACGGGAUCAAUAGAUUCAGGUGCUAUUUUACUUGCCUUUAUAUUAUAUGCUUGGCAGUUUCCACAUUUUAAUUCUCUAAGUUGGAAUAUUCGACAAGAAUAUGACCGUGCUGGUUAUAAAAUGAUGUGUGUUUCUCAUGAACAAUUAUGUUUAAGAACAUCGCUUCGCUAUUCAAUGAUGAUACUUCUUUCAUGUUCAUUCGUUGCACCACUUAUUGAUAUGACAACGUGGUCAUUUGCUAUUGAUACAUUGCCAGUUAAUUUAUAUUUAAUCUAUCUAUCAUAUAAAUUCUAUCGUAAUCGAGAUGCUCAAUCAUCAAGAAAACUCUUUCGUUACAGUCUGAUACAUUUACCAUUAUUAUUCACACUUAUGGUUAUUCAUCGACAAGUCAAAACACAAAAUCACCCAGUAACACCCUCAAGAAGUGACUUGAUACCUUUAGGCAUCUAA